AUGAAACGGAUUGCCCAUUGGGGAGCCCGAAUAGAUUUUCGACGAAUCGCAGGCGGGGGCGGGGCGCAAGGAUGGCGUGUUGCAAUAGAGGACGCGGUGAAGAACCGCAUACCGAAGCCGUCUGUUUACAGUGAUGCAAGGAGAGAUGAACGGAACCACCUCUGUAUUCAUAAUCUAGGACCUGAUAUAGGGGAUGGUGUAGUGCAGUCGUUAAGAGGUUCCGCUUUGGCCGCGCGAUCGAUCGAUGACCUGUCUGCGAGGAUAAAAACACUGAAGAUGGGUGCGAACUGGGGGAAACGGACGUUAGUGGAGUGUAACGGCGUCAACCUUCUUAUAUCUAUUAUUGCUGUUGCUUUGGCCAUCGCAGCCACGUUUCUCCUGACAUUUUUCCUCACAAAAAAUGCCUGCGAUUCGAAGAAAAGCGAUAAUGGUGGUACCACUGAUCAACCAACUAACUCACCAUCCGCUGCUGAGCUACGUCUGCCAUCGAGUGUAGUGCCAUUGAGCUACGAUCUCAGCGUAAAAGUUUAUCUGCCUUCGUAUGUCGAAUUUCCUCACGAGAAAGAUUUCACUUUCGAUGGCGAAGUGGAAAUGGACUUGAAAAUUGUGGAACCAGUCAGCAAAAUUGUCCUCAACAUGAGAUACAUUAAUAUUUCAAAGGAGAACAGUCAAUUCACUGUGGAUGGUAAAAACGUUGCUAUCGAAAAAGUGGUGCCGCACGAGAAAUUGGAAAAAGUUGACAUCGUCCUGACUAAAACCAUUCCAAAAGAUUCGGAGGCAAAAUUAAAGCUGGUUUACGUUGGAGAGAUCAACACAAAAUUAGGAGGACUCUAUCGAACCACGUAUACGGAAAAUGACGGAACGCAGAAAACCGCUGCUGUCACUCAAAUGGAACCCACGGAUGCUCGUCGUAUGGUGCCCUGUUUUGAUGAACCUCAUCUCAAAGCACCUUGGAGGGUCACCGUCAUUCAUCCGAAGGGGACAACCGCGAUUUCAAACGGGAUUGAAAUGCAAAUAUCUGAGAAAGGUGACUGGAUGACAACGAAAUUUAAAGAAACUCCUAAAAUGUCAUCGUAUCUUCUGGCGCUUAUGGUCUCCGAAUUCGAAAAUAUACAAGGCAAGACCGCGUCUGGUGUACAGUUCCGAAUAUGGUCAAGACCGGAAGCAAAAAAGAUGACCGCCUACGCGCUUCAAGCUGGGAUCAAAUGCCUGGAAUUCUACGAGAAACACUUCAAUUUCAGCUUCCCUCUGAAAAAACAAGAUAUGGUGGCACUUCCGGAUUUCUCUGCCGGUGCUAUGGAGAACUGGGGAUUAAUCACAUACAGGGAGAAUUCUCUUCUCUAUGACAAUAGGUUGUAUGGACCACAGAACAAGCAGAGGGUUGCGCUUGUCGUUGCACAUGAAUUGGGUCAUCAGUGGUUCGGCGAUUUGGUCACGAUGAAAUGGUGGGAUGAUGUAUGGUUGAACGAAGGUUUCGCUACAUAUGCUGAACAUUUUGGAGCUGAUGUUAUUAGUGAUAAUAAUAUGAGGAUGCAAGAAAUCUUCAUAAUUGAUUCACUUAAAACUGGUAUGGCGCUCGAUUCGGUGGCUGCAAGUCAUCCACUUUCGUUCAAAAUCGACAAAGCCUCGGAAGUUUUCGAAGCGUUCGACUCGAUCUCGUAUGGGAAAGGCGCUUCCGUGCUUCGAAUGAUCUCUCAUUUAAUUGGCGUAGACAAUUAUAAUAAUGCUAUUGCUCAUUACGUCGCAAAGUUCGCCUACAGUAACGCUCAAGUUGCUGAUCUCUGGAAAGCAAUGGACGAAGUUGUUGGGAAUUUCGAUGGGCCCCGUGGAAAGAUGACCGUGAUCGAUUUCGCUGAUCCAUGGACCACACAGAUGGGAUUCCCUAUUGUUACCGUGGAAUCUGCAAACGCUACUCAUCUAAAACUUACACAAGUACGCUAUAAGAAGAAUCCUAAUGCUAAAGAGCAGGAAAAAUAUCAGAAUCCUAAAUAUGGGUUCAAAUGGGAUGUUCCAAUAUGGUAUCAAGAAGGCGGAGAAGAUACCCGACUGGCUUGGUUGGGAAGAGACGAGCCACUCUAUCUCAAAUUGAACAAUCCAGAAAAUCCGGUCGUCAUUAACACAGGCAGAACCGGUUUUUAUCGUCAAAACUAUGAUGAUAAAGGAUGGAAGAAAAUUACGGCACAACUCAAACAGAAUCAUAAGGUGUACAGUUCCCAAACAAGAAAUGGCAUCAUCAGUGACGCGUUUGCGGCAGCACUCAUCGAUAAGGUCCCAUACGAGACCGUUUUCGAUCUGCUCGGAUAUAUAGUGGCUGAAGAGGAAUAUUUGCCAUGGCAAGAGACUCUGAACGGCUUCAAUGGCGUUCUCGAAUUUUUCGGGAAUGAACCUGAAUCAAAAUAUGCUACUCGCUUUAUGCUAAAAUUACUAGAACCUAUCUACAAAGUUAGUAGUCUUGAACAUAUCGCAGCAAACUAUAAAACGGAUAACCUAUACUUUGAAAUGAACCUUGAACAAGCAGUAAUCGAUGCCUAUUGUUCGCUUGGAUCGAAGGAAUGCCUUAGAAAUUACAAAAAUCUCUUCGAUAAAGAAGUUGUUGAAAAGUGUCAACAGAAAAACGCUAAGCCAAGUGAAUGCUCCAAUGUUGCCGCACCUCUACGAGCUAAAACUUAUUGUUUCGGAGUCAAAGAAGGUGGUGAUGCCGCCUAUCAGAAGGUAAUGGAAUUAUAUCUGGCAGAAAGUGUGCAGCUGGAAAAAGAUAUCCUUCGUCGUGCUCUAGGAUGCCAUACAGAUAUUACAGCUUUGAAAGAACUUAUGCUACUAGCCCUGAACCGAAAUUCAUCAUUUGUACGUCUCCAAGACGUGAACGACAUCUUCUCCAGUGUCUCUCAAAACCCUGUCGGUCAAGAAAUUAUCUUCAACUUUUUGUUAGAACGAUGGGAUGAGAUUUAUGAAGGAUUAAUGCCAGAGCAUAGAGCUGUCGGUAAGACUAUCCUGGCAGCUUCUGUUGGUAUCCGCUCACAACAUCAAAUAGAGCAGGUGAAACUCUUGAAGAAGAACGGCAACCAUGCCAAUGAAUUUGGCGACUUUGACGAAGUGAUUGAAGAAUCCGAGCACAAAAUUGAAUGGAUUAAGAAACACUUCCGAAGGCUAUCAGAAUUCUUCAAGAAAUCCCUAGAAAAUUGA